AUGUCUGCAUAUGGCCAUCAAAUGGAGCGUGAAUUUUCGGGUCAGAACCUUUUGAUCAGAGGUGGUUCGGAAAAUGAAAGUCAGUCCACACUAGAGAUGGGUGUUUACAUGUCAUCGUUUGCUGCUACUGUCUUCAUUGGUGGGCUUGUCACAGUUGGUGUCUCCGUAAUGACACUGCUUAUUGCACUUAUUGUGAUGUUACAAGAUUGCCAGAGUCAAAAUGCUGGUGUUGUGGAGAUGCAAAAAUGGGCUGAGAAUUCUGAGUAUUGUAGGAUUUUAGCUUUUCAUGUGGAGCUCAACAAUCUGGAUUCAAGCUCUUUACCUUCACCUUGCAAGGAAAUGGUGCUUCAAAAUAUUCGAGAUGGACAUUACUUGAGACAGCUAAAUGAUAGUUUGAGGAUGGUCGAGAUCCAUUUCAGUAAUGUCACACCUGGAGAUGAUGGUCAAGAUGUUGUAUUGAUGGAUGUGGAUGAUCUGUUUCCUUCAGAAUUCUUUUCUAUUGAUGGGUUAUCGUUUCCCAGAUUCAAGCGUAAUACCAGUGCUAAUGGCAUGGAUGCAAGGCAUGUGAAACAGAUGAGCGUUCAAACUUUAUAUGUGAAACUACGAGACGGUGGGUGGAAUUUGAUUUUGUUGUCAAGGAAACAUGAGAGAUUUAGGAACACAAUGGUGGAGUACCUUAACUCAGUUGGAUGCAAUGGAUGGUCAUCAUUGAUCAUGAGAGUUGAUGAUGAAAUGCCACUGGAUAGCCAAGAAUAUAUCUCCAGAAAGAAGACCGCCAUUCAAAAACAAGGUUUUCGCAUUGUAGGAGCAAUUAGCAGCCAGAUGGAUUUUGUUGCAGGGCCGAUCAUGAGGGGACUCAAUUUUAAGCUUCCCAACAUUAUGUGGAUCAGUAAGAGAGAGCAUCAUGUCUUUACAGAUGAAGUGUGA